AAAAAAAAAAUAAUCUCCGAAUUUUUAUGAGAAAACGAAUCCCAUAGAAGAGAAGAAGAAGGAAAGAAAUCUGCCCCCCUCCCACCAAAAAAAAAAAAAAAAUAAAAUAAAAUAAAAUAAAAAAAGAAAUAAAAAAAAGUAAAUAAAUAAAAAAGAAACGAGAAAAGAAAAAAAGAAAGAAAAAAGGGAAAUCAAUGACAUAAGAGUGAACCAAUAAAGAAAAGUUAUCGUUAUCAUCGGUCAUGAACGGGAAAAGGAGACCAAAAAUCGAGGCUCUCGUUGUAAACGCGAUACGUAAGCUUCAGGACGCACAGGGAUUGACUCCUCGUGAAAUCAGUAAUUAUAUCAUUCAGGAAUAUGACGUCCCUGGAACGGAAAUUAAAAAGCAAGUACAACUUGCCCUUAAACGUGGCGUCUCCUAUGGGAUCCUUCGGAAAUCUAAAGGAGGAUACUACACCUGCAAUCAAGAUUUUCUUAAAAAGCAACCGAUGGAUAGGCACGAGAUAAACGAAUUGAGUUGUCCAUCGAGACGAUCAAGGAGAAGACGAUCUUCACGAAGGAGAUGCAGAAGCGUGAGAAGGGCGUGUCGAAGGGCACAACGAAGAAGAAGAAAUUCGUGUAAGAGGAGAAGUACUAGAAGAAGAAGUGCUUGUAAAAGGAGAAGAAGUAGAAGAAGAAAGAGAUCGUCGGGAAGAAGAUGCAGUAAUUCGGAUAUUAAUGAAAUGGAGGCAAUAUCGAAACAACCGAGAACGAGCAAUCAAGACGACGACGACAGCAAUUCGAGAAACGAGAGCAUAAGCGAUAGAUCUAGCCUAACAGAUCCGGAUGGAUCUAUGCAGGAUCCACGAUCGAUCACACCGCCUAUCACUCAUAUGGAUUGAUUUCGUAACAUCGUAAAUCGAUUCCCCUUUCGAUUCGAAAAUUGACAUGGACUAUACGAAUUUUUGCAAGUUUCCAGUAUCGAAAGUUUUCCUUUUUCUUUCUUCUUUCUAUCUUUCUUUUUCUCCUUUUGUAUUAAUUUAUUUAUAUUUUCUUUUUCUUUUUUCUUCUUCAAAAAAAUUUUUUUUUUUAUUAUCUCCUUUUUUUUUUUUUUUUUAUUCUCUCCUUACUCCGUUUUUAUUGAUUUUUUUCUCCCUUUCGAUAAAUCAGAUUUAUUGAUCGUUCGAUCUUCGUAAAACAAUCGAUUAUUACAUGUGCAUAUCAUCAAUUGAUUUAUAAAAUCGAUUUCGUUUAUUAUUAAAUAUUUCGUUAAGAUA